CACAAUCUGCAAGUGCCUCCUUGUGCCUCUAGAAAUGAUGAGUGUGAGCACACGUGGGGGUGUGCAGUGCCUAUAAAGCCAGGGGGACAGCUCUGCGUGGGAGGGUGCUCCACUGGGUUCCUGCUCUGCGCAGCUGUGCUGGGUGUGUCGUGAUGGGGCUCCAGGCUGGGACACCCUGGCUCCAGAGGGACCUUGUCCUCCUGCCCACCGUGGUGGCAAUGCUUCUGCUCUGUGCCAGCGCCGGCCCAGCCGUGCCCACUGCCAGCCCCCGGAGCGCCUCAGGGUUCCCCCCGGACUGCAGCCACCUCCGCAGGGGCAGCCCCAGCGGCGUGUACGUCAUCCAGCCGGCCCGGUCGCCGCCGCGCGUGGUCUGGUGCGACAUGGACACCGAGGGCAAGGGCUGGACCGUGGUCCAGAGAAACUCGCAUGACACCGAGCUCACAUGGAAGCAAUCCUGGACCACCUACAAGUACGGCUUUGGGAAUGUGCACAGCGAUUACUGGCUGGGCACCGAGUACCUGCACCUGCUGACGCAGCAGGGCACCUACAAGGUGCGCUUCGUGGUGCGCGACAAGGCCAACGUCACCCACUACGCCGAGUACGACAUCUUCAGAGUGGAGAGCGAGGCCAGCGGCUACCCGCUGAGGCUAGGCCGGCAUUCUGGAGAUGGGGAUGACUACCUGACCCUCUACCACCCCAAGAAGGGGGGCAUUCAUGACAACAUGAAGUUCAGCACAGUCGACAAGGACCAGGACCAGUACAGCGGGAACUGCGCCAAGAGCUACGGGGGGUGGUGGUACAACAGGUGCCAGAAUGUCCUGCUCAAUGCCAAAAACUACAUUGUUUGGCCAGGAUUCUGUGAUAACGGUGACUGUGCAUCCUCCCUCAUCCUGGUCAAACCCACAGAUGUGUGUUGACCAUGCCCGGCUCCCCGGGAGUGUGGGGGUGCCAC